AUGAAGUUUCUACCCCUCGCCGACUUCGAUGACGUGACGCGCGCGCUGAACUUUGAUACACCCGAUUGUCAUGUCAUUGGAGCAUGUGAACUAUACACAACCAAGGCAGCGGGCUCCGACAAGAAGCUGUAUCGAAACAUCGAAAAUGCUUUGGAAUCGCAACAUAAAUCCCUCGUUUCACUGUCGGCCUCGGUAUCACCACCUCUCGGCUCGGGCGGCGAUCUCCCAGCGAUUGAUCUGUCAAGAGCGAGCCCAUUCGGCUCCCUCGAGCAAGUUUCAAGUCGACGCACAUUCGCAUAUCUUAUUGCGACGCUCAAUGCGAGCCACUCCGAUUACGAUUUUUCCAAUGUCCUCAGGCCUAGUGACUUCCGAAGAGAGAGGAGUUUGAAAGGGGUUAUUGGCACAAUUGAUUCUACGCUUUACAACUUGAGGCCCAGUACAGGCACGACUCUCCAUGUUCCACCGCAGACCAGCUAUACAACAACUGCAUCUGCGCCGGCAGCGAGUCAAGCUUGGGGACCACAUAUGUGGGCAAUGGUUGAUAACGAGAUGAGUCUCAAAGACUGCACUGUGUACUGCUGGGCCCCUCCUGAUGAUCCAUUUGAUGGAGAUGAAGGUUCUGUAUGGAGUUUGAACUACUUCUUUUUUAACAAAGAGAGGAAGCGCAUCGCAUACAUCUAUGUCCGGGGCGUUCCGGUCAUGAGUCACAGUCCACAACAGCGACUUGGCAUGUCCAAAAGAGGCGCCACUGGCUACGACUCUGGUGCUAAUAAGCGUGCGAGAUACUGGCUUGGUGAUCAAGCAGCUAAUCUUACCAACGAAGAUGAUGAAGAAGAUGUAGAUUUAAAUUCGCCUCUUCAAUGGGAGAACGGUGGAAAUGAUCUAUUCGACGAGGAUGAAUACUGUGAUGACUAUGAUGACGAAGCUGAUGACGAAUCGGACGAACAGAAGUUCAGGAGUCCAAUUCGGGAAAUCAGCGAGGAUAUGGCCAUGGAUAUGGAAAUCUGA